AUGUGUGAAUUAUUUUCAUCGACUUAUAAAUUAAAUCGAUCGUCGGUAUCGUUAUGUGAUCGAUUGAAACAACGAUAUGGAAAUUGUCAACAAAAUUUACAAGCAUUAUUUCAUGAUGAAAUUCCAAAGAAAAAUACUCGAGAUAUUGAAUUUAUUCGAUAUAUUGUUAAUUAUAUUAUUGAACAAGCUAAACAUAAUAUUGUUAUAUCGGAAUUACCUGAUGUUAUUCGAACCUUACACAAUGAAGUAAAGGAUAUUAUUCAAAAAAAUAAAAUGAUAACAUUAGAAGAAGCGAUUGCUCAUGUACAACAAGUUGGUGCAAUGAAAUAUCCAUAUUUAAAAAAAUUAAAACCAAUAUCUACUGAAGAUUUUGUCAAUGAAGUUAUGCGUGAAGUAUUUAAUCGUCUAGGAACUAUUAUCACUUUAGAUAUGAUUGAAAAUAUUUGUCGAUUUACUACUUGUUCUACUAAACAGUUACUUCAUGCAAUGCCUACGAUUGAUGUUCAUGAAGCAGCUACAUUAAUUAUGGAAGAUAUCUCACGUAAUCAAUAUAAAAUCAAGAAAAAUCAAAAGCAAAUAAAUGUUGUCGACAAUACAGUUCUAUUGAAUCAUACGAUAAAAGACAAGACAAUAUCACUCUCACCUAAACAUGCAUAUGAGAAGUCGAAAAGCGCGUCAUCAUCUCUUAGUAAAGAACAUAUGAAGCCUGAAUGGAAAUCAUCAAAAUUAAUACAAAAUUCAAAUCAAUCCCAUAGUAAAACAAAAUUAACAGAGCAUCGAAAUUUAUCAUUAACAAAGAAAAAAAUGCGACAAAAUAAAUCAAUGAAAAAACCAAAGUCAACAAAUGUUUCAUCAUCGAGUCUUGUAUCAUUUGAUACUUAUUCAACAGAAAUAUGUCCGCUAGCUGAAAUUGAACAAAAAUUUAACCCAAUACUUGAAUCACAAAGAUUAAUCAAAAAACCAGAGCAGAAUAAAAGAAAAUCAAUUAUGACAAGUAUAGUACAAGAGCAAGUAAAGAAUCAAAAUCAAGAAAUUAUUGAUUCAUUAACAGUAGGCAUAUAA